GGGAAACCAUAUAAGCAAGGGAAGAUGUGUUCAACUUGGCUGCACUGUGGUGACAUAGCAACAGCACUGUAUCUGAGAAAUAAAGCUCUUCAUUUUAUCACUGACGAUAAGAUGGACGAGCCCCUCACCAAUUUUGGGACCUCAGAAGCUUAUUAUAACGAAACUACGGAUGACCCUCUUGACUACAUUUACUAUGGUACAGGGCCGACUGAGAACGCGGGGAUCUGCGACAAACAGUGGGUCAGGCAGUUUCGUGGGCAGUAUGAACCACCUCUCUUCUGGAUCAUCUUCAUUCUCGGUGCUGUGGGUAACCUGAUGGUGGUUUGGAUUUACACAACUGUGCGCAACCGCCUGAAAACAAUGACCGAUGUGUAUCUGCUCAACUUAGCUGUGGCUGACCUCCUCUUCCUGUGCAUGCUGCCCUUCUGGGCCGUCGACGCCACUAAGGGCUGGGACUUUGGCGACGCUCUCUGCAAAAUAGUGUCCGCCAUCUACAAGAUCAACUUCUUCAGCAGCAUGUUCUUACUCACCUGCAUUAGUGUGGACCGCUACAUUGCUAUUGUACAAGUCACCAAGGCCCAGAACCUGAAGAAAAAGCGACUUUUUUACAGCAAACUCGCCUGCCUGGUCGUCUGGCUUGUCGCUACUCUCCUGUCCCUACCCGAGUUUAUUUUUGCUCAGGCAAAGACAGAUUCAAAUGGACAGUCUUUUUGCAAAAUGGUGAUGUGGAACAAUGAGAAGAACCGGACUAAGAUCCUGAUUCUGUCCCUGCAGAUCUGCAUGGGCUUCUGCCUUCCUCUGCUGGUUAUGAUCUUCUGCUACUCCGUCAUCAUUCGCAAACUCCUGCAGGCCAAGAGCUUUGAAAAACACAAGGCCCUGCGCGUCAUCUUUGUUGUUGUGUUAGUGUUCAUCCUCUCACAGCUGCCUCACAACAGUCUGCUGAUAAUGGAGGCCACACAGGCAGCCAAUGCUACCAUCACAACAUGUAACACGCUCAUUUAUUUCGAUAUAGCAGGACAGGUGGCCAAAAGCCUGGCAUUUACUCAUGCCUGCCUGAACCCAUUCCUCUACGUCUUCAUUGGAGUCCGGUUCAGACAAGACCUCCUAAGGAUUGUGAGGACGUGCACUGGUGGUCCAGGCUCAGGAGGGUUCAGUAAAUCAAGUUCGGCUCCCAAACGUCCCUCUGUCAUGUCAGACACUGAUACAACCCCUGCCCUUUCCAUAUAAAUGCACAUUUUCCUAUAGAGACCUGAAUUAGACACUUGGUUUUAACAUCAUUUUCAUUUAGUUGAAAUGCAUUACUUAGCAAUAGAGCAAUGACACAAUGAUUUAGAUCAUAUUAUCACAUUCUCACAGUCACCAGCCCUGGAAUCACUGUAAAAAUUGUAUAUUAAUGUAAAUACUGUUUUACUAUGUUUUUUUUUGUUUUUUUUACAUUAAUCACAUUGUGUGUUGGUUGUGUGCUGUUGUUUCUGAAUUUAAAAAAACUAACUAACUAACUGUAUUUGCAUUUCAGUCACAAAACCUCAAUUAAAAAUCUUUAAAAAAUCUA